CCCCAAGCUAAAAACUUGGGCCUUCCGCGAUGUUGUUCUCGUGCCCGCUGGAAAGAGCAUGUUCAAGUAUGGCGACCCGAGGAGGAAGCCGACACGUGAGUACCCGAACAUCCUUGGAGGCAUAAUUAGGAAGCAUUUCCCCGGGAUUGUCAAUCUCCCUACUGGUGGCCGCGACGUGGCUUGGACUUGGAAGCACUACAGCUACGCGGAAGAUCCUAGCGGCAAGUACGGAAACAUGCAAGAGCGGGUUGUCCGCCACUUCUGGAAAUACUUCAAGAGGGCUGAGGGCAAGGAAAUUGCGUGCGACGUUAUCUUACACGAGUUGUGCAGGGUGAGGGUGAUCGGCAUGCACUACGAGCACCCUCCUCGAUGCGUCGGGGAAGACAGGGCGUGCUUUCUUGCGAUGGUCAUAUGGUGGACAUCCCGCGAGUACGCCCGGAAGCACGAGGAGGGCAAGCGAAGCGUUCGAGAGAUGGGAGGUGGAUCACAUGUCCUGGGCAGCAAGAACUUGGCCCUUACCUUGCAGGAUGAGGUGAGCAAGUGGAAGUGA